GCGGCUGUAGCGGCACAUACAGACACCCCUGUAAUCAUCGUGUCCUCGCUCAGCAGCCCCUUUCCUAUCUGACUGUGCAAAACUCUUAUGCUCUGGGCACAGAACAACUUUCAGGUUAUCAGCUGCUGCAAAGAAAAAGGAAUGAAGAAAAUGAGCAACAUCUAUGAAUCAGCAGCAAAUACCCUGGGAAUUUUUAACAGCCCAUGCCUGACGAAAGUGGAGCUGCGAGUUGCAUGCAAAGGCAUUUCAGACAGGGAUGCCCUCUCCAAGCCAGAUCCUUGCGUCAUCCUUAAAAUGCAGUCCCACGGCCAGUGGUUUGAGGAAACUGCCAUGGAGCCACUAGAUGGACCUUGGCAGAACACGGCUCUGUAAGUGCAGAUGCAUCUCUCAUGGUUGUCCUGAUGCUGCCACAAAGCCAGUAUCUUCGUGUAGUGAAAUUUAAUGGACUAGACUUGUUAAUAAAGAAGGUAAUUGUAGUUAGCCAUGUAGAAAGGAACAUUUAGCUAUUCUCUGUCUGUAUAACACCACCCCAAUAGUAGAAAUUAACCAAGCAAUGGAUUAUAGAUCAAAAUGAGGAAAA